AGUCAGUCGGCGAGAGGGAAGAGAGAGGCAGGCGGACAGACAGACAGACAGACGGAGGCAGAAGAAGAACAAAGCCCGGGCGACCAUGGGAAAUACACCAUCUCAAGGCAUGUCAAUGUUCAUCCAUUCUUAAGUAGCAGAUCCCGAGAGGACUAGUGCCCACAUGAUCUCGGCAGAUGAUGCAGAAUAUCCGCGGGAAUACCGGACCCUGGGCAACGGCACACGCCGCUUCUCCAAUGUAGGGCUGGUGCACACCUCGGAACGCCGGCACACUGUCAUUGCCGCCCAGAGCCUAGAAGCCCUCACAGGGCUCCAGAAGUCUGAGAUGGAACGGAAGCGGGAUGCGUUUAUGGAUCACUUGAAGAGCAAGUACCCGCAGCACGCCCUGGCGAUCCGAGGCCAGCAGGAGAGAAUCCGAGACCAGCAACCCAACUACUGGAGCUUUAAGACCCGAAGUUCCCGGCACACUCAAGGUUCCCAGCCUGGCUUGGCGGAUCAAGCCAAACUCUCUUUUGCUUCAGCUGAGUCCUUGGAAACAAUGUCUGAAGCUGAGCUACCCAUUGGGUUCAACAGAAUGAACCGCUUCCGGCAAAGCCUGCCUCUCUCCCGUUCCACCAGCCAAACAAAACUCCGGUCACCAGGCAUCCUUUUCCUGCAGUUUGGGGAUGAGACGAGAAGGGUUCACAUCACUCACGAAAUCAGUAGCAUGGACACGCUGCACGCUCUCAUCGUCCACAUGUUUCCUCAGAAGCUAACAAUGGGGAUGCUGAAGUCGCCCAACACAGCCAUCCUGAUCAAGGACGAAUCCCGCAAUGUCUUCUACGAACUGGAGGAUGUCAGGGACAUCCAGGACAGAAGCAUUAUCAAAAUCUACCGGAAAGAGCCUCUCUAUGCCUCCUUCCCUGGAUCCCACAUUACCAAUGGCGACUUGCGGAGAGAGAUGGUCUACUCUUCCAGGGAGUCCUCCCCCACCCGGCGCCUAAACAGCAUGUCCCCUGCUUCUCACCUGACCUCUGGCUCUCCUCCACCGGUGCUCCAGUCAUCCUCCCCGUCCCGUUCCCGCAUGUCUUACAGCGGCGGGCGCCCACCUUCCUAUGCCGGCAGCCCUGUGCACCACGCCGAACGCCUCUCCAACCUACCACCUGCCCAGGGUGUAUCACCCAGCCCGAGCGCUAUCUUGGAACGCCGGGAUGUCAAACCGGAUGAGGAUCUGGCUGGGAAGAACAUGGUACUGGUGAAAAACGAGGGCCUGUACGCUGACCCCUACGGCAUGGUGCACGAGGGACGCUUGAGCAUCACAUCCACUCAGUCAUUAGCGGGGAUAGGAGACCCAUUUGCCUACCCUGGAGGGCUCUACAAGCGGGGUUCGGUCCGUUCUCUCAGCACCUAUUCAGCUGCUGCCCUGCAAACGGAACUGGAAGACAGUUUAUAUAAGCCCAAUGCACAGAUCUAUAGCGAUACCUACGGUCCAGGGAUGGGCUUCCGCUUGCCUCCAUCGUCCCCUCAGAAAAUUGCCGAUGGACGACUGGUGGAUGUCCAACAGAGCCAAAGUCCACACAGCCCUUACUCAGGGCCUCCCAGCCGGUCCUCGCCGGUCCGCCAGUCCUUCCGCAAAGACUCAUGCUCCUCAGUAUUCAUGGAAAGCCCUGUCAACAAGCCGCGGAACCCAAGCUCUUCAGGGCCUUCUGACCUUUUCCCUGGAUCUGGGGAACGCCCGCUUUCUGGUUUCAGCUCACCUGUGCCUGUCAAGGAUACGGAAACAAGGGAACGGAUGGAAGCAAUGGAAAAACAGAUCGCCAGCCUCACAGGAUUGGUGCAGAGUGCAUUGAUGCGAAGUUCUGAUGCGGAAACCCCCAAUGAGAGGACAGAAGGGACCAACGGAGGGACGCCUCCAUCAGCACCCCCCAGCCGAAGCAGCAUAGGAACCCCAGUGCCUGGCCCUCCACCCCCAUCGGCGUCCGGUACGCCAGCCGGGCAGCCCACGGCCAUCACCCGCCUGCACAUGCAGCUGCACCUUCAUGACCUGCAGCAGAAUGCCAGUGACCUCCGUAACCAGCUGCAGCAACUCAAAAAACUGCAGCUGCAAAACCAGGAGACCGUAAAGACGAUGCUGCGGCGGACAGAGACUGAGAUCAGCGUCCGGGUGAUGGACACUAUGCGGAAGCAGGAGGACCCCUUGCAUCGCCAGCGCACCCUGGUGGAGGAGGAGCGCCUACGCUACCUCAACGAGGAAGAGCUCAUCACUCAGCAGUUAAAUGACCUGGAAAAAGCUGUGGAGAAGAUACAGAAAGACUUCAGCCACAAUCACCGCCUUAUCUCUCCACAAGAGCUGGAGGAGAAGUCCUUGGUGCUUAAACAGCUGGGAGACACCUUGACAGAACUGAAGGCUAAUUUCCCCAGCCUGCAGAGCAAAAUGCGCGUGGUCCUCCGCGUGGAAGUCGAGGCAGUGAAGUUCCUCAAGGAAGAGCCCCACCGGCUGGACGGCCUGUUCAAGCGCUGCAAGUCAGCCACUGAUACCCUGGCCCAAGUUCGCAGGCAUGUGGACGAGGGCGUCUGGGACCCAUCCAGUAACCUUCUCAGCCAGUCACCAAAGAAGGUGGAGCCAGAAAACGACUUCAGCAAGGGCCUGGAUUUCGAGAUGCCCACCAGCCCCCCGAUAAACCUCCACGACUUGACCUCUUCAACUGAUAGCCUGGGGACAAGCAGCUUCGGACAAAGUUCAGGGCAGAGCCACAUCUCCAAGAGCAGCAACCCGUGCCGGGGGUUAGAGAUGGCUUCGGUCAAGACCCAGAUGGGCUCCGAGACCCCCAGCAAAAGGAAUGUGGACAGAUCAGUGUCUAUGGAGGCUGCAGAGCGAGACUGGGAGGAGAAGCGGGCAGCCUUGACCCAAUACAGCGCAAAGGACAUUAACCGCCUCCUGGAAGAGACCCAAGCGGAGCUGAUGAAAGCUAUUCCCGACUUGGAGUUUGCAGCCAAGCACAAGCAGACCUCCAGCAGCGGCGGCAGCGGAAGCGCAGCCUCCACCCCUGAGCACAAGCCCCCCAAGCCCCAGCACAUACAGAAGACCACAGCCAAAAUGGACCCCAAUGGUCGCCGGGGGUCAGAUGAGUUGACGGUGCCUAGAUAUCGAACCGAGAAGCCCUCCAAGUCUCCUCCCCCACCCCCACCUCGGAGAAGUUUCCCCUCCUCCCAUGGCCUCACAACCACUCGCACAGGAGAAGUGAUUGUCACCAGCAAAAAAGAAUCCAGCUUUAUGAAGAAAGCAGAGUCGGAAGAGCUGGAGACGCAAAAGCCACAAGUGAAACUGAGGAGGACCGUCUCGGAGGUCGCCCGGCCUGCUUCCACUCCCCCCAUCAUUGCCUCUGCCAUCAAAGAUGACGAUGAUGAAGACAGGAUCAUCGCUGAACUCGAGGUCUUUCAAAGAAGCUCUUCAUUUAUUCCUAAAUUCCGUUGCGACCAGCUUGCUCCAACUGCAGAAACGUGGCCCAAUGGGGCCACCGUAGCACCCGAAGGAUGGAAGGCGUUGCUUCCUGCCAGCCGUCGCGUCGCUGGGGCAAACUUCAGCUCCCACAGCCUCCCACGAGCCCCAGCAUCACAAUCCCAGGAGUCAGGACUUUCAAAGCCGCCGCCAGGUAACCUUUCCCACCUUCCUCAGAUCGUCCCUUCUGAGCAGGUUUCUGGCCUGUCGAUUCCUGAAUCUCAGCCAGAGGCAGGUUUGGAAAUACGUAGCCCUCAGGGCGAUGACCACCAAAGCAUCAGAGGACAGUCGGGAAUUUCUGGACGGGCUACGGUAGGAACAGAAAGGAAAUCCAAGAGGGCAGAAGUUUUGUUCGGGAAGCUGAGCAAAAGUGACAGGCAUCCGGAAGCAUUCGUUUCUACCUCACGGGCAUUACACAACGAAGCCUUAACAUGGACCCGGCCUCUACGGAAAUUGAUAAGACCUCAGGGAUCUCUGCCAGGUGCUGGAACUGAGCAUCCUUUUAACAGCGAUAACGGGGCAGAAGAAGGCCUAAGGGAGUCUGAAACGACAAGAGUUUCUUUAGAGGUUACAGCCAGUCAGCAAGAAGGCAUGGCGAUUUUCAGCUUUGCAGAGAAGCAAGACAGUAGUCGGCAGACAUCUGGGCAGGGAACCGGGAUCCAUUCAGCAGACGGCCAAGAAGCUCUUAUCCCAGCAGAGGUUAUAUAUGGUCAUGAGACAGCCAUGGGAAAAGAUGAAAUAGGAUCGCAUAGGAAAAAUGGUGUUGCAGACGCAGAACCCCAAAAGGAAGAAGUCAGCCAGAAUGUAGAAGAGGCGGCUUUGAAAGACCCCAGUGAUGUUUGGACACAGGCGCAAAGAGAUGUUCCAGAAUUGUAUUUUCCCUUGCAGAAUGAAAAAUCGCCCAUGGACAAGGAUGUAAUUGAGUAUGAUUUAGAAUUCAGACAGAAGCCCUUGGAACUGAGGUGGGUCCUCUCAGUAGAAGACAAGAUAAACUUAGAGAGUGAACGAGAAGGCCAGCAAAGGGAAUGUGUGCCUCUCAAUAACACAACUUUGAGCAGUCGUGAGAUUUGCAAAGAUACUUACCAAAGACUGGACAACUUGGAAGAGACCAUCAGAGAACUCGAAAAGGCUAUCAGCGAAAUCAGCUUCCCCGCACCCAUAGAAUUGACAUUCCCUCAACUGAAAUCCAUUGACAGUGAGAAAGAAGAAAGAAAGAUGGACACCUUCGUGUCAGGAUGCGGCCACGCCGCUUCGGAGAGUAUGGCAAACCAUGGCCCACCCAAGUCUUCUCCAGCCAAUUCCAAACCAUCUCUGCUGCCCAAACCUCAGUUCCUGCUCAGUGGCAAUCCACAGAGCGGCGUCGGCGUCUCCAUCCCAGCCAUGAAGAUGGUCAACCCGGCAUCACGGCUGAAGCAAACACAGCAGGGCAGCCCAGACAAAAGCAAACACAUAAAGCAACGCAUGGAAUACAUGCGCAUCCAGGGACAGCAACAGGCCGCUAGAUCAACCAAGGACCCUAGCACGAUGAAUGAGACUUCAAGCCCUGUCUCAGAAAAACCUUCUUCGGGCAGGACCUCCAUCCCAGUACUGACUUCUUUUGGGUCACGGAACUCCUCCAUUUCAUUCUAAAAGCUCUUUUUGCCAGUUUCUCAUUCGGCUGUUUGACCACAACUGGGGGACGGGGGAAGGCUUGCGCCUGUCUUUCUGCUUUCCUCCUCCCCAGACCUUACUGAGGCAUCUAGAAAUGUCCCUCCCCUUAGACUUUCUAAGCUUCCUUCAGAGCAGCCAACCUGUGGCCUCACGUCCUCCUCCAAAAUGGCUGACCUGCAGUCUGUCUUGCCGCUCCCCCUCAAAAGGUCACUUUCUGCAUACUAAUGUGUUCCAGAAUGACCAGUUCACCGUCUCACAUCUUUUCUCUGAAAAUGAUCCCACCCUGGUUCAUUCUC